AUGCCUGGGCCAUCAGCCCCACCACCACCAGCCAUCUACAGCGCCCUGGCCCUCCUGCUCCUCCUCACGCCUCCCGCCAACGCCUUCUCCUGCAGCCCCCUGCGCCUCCACGACAGCGCCUUCGCCUGGGACAGCCUCCAGCUCCUCCGCAACAUGGCUCCCAGCCCCACACAGCCCUGCCCGCAGCAACACGCGCCUUGCUCCUUCCCGGACACCCUCCUGGACACCAACGACACGCAGCAAGCCGCACACACCGCCCUCCACCUCCUCCAACACCUCUUCGACACCCUCAGCAGCCCCAGCACCCCCGCGCACUGGCUCCACACCGCACGCCACGACCUCCUCAACCAGCUUCAGCACCACAUCCACCACCUCGAGCGCUGCUUCCCAGCCGACGCCGCGCGCCUCCACAGGCGAGGGCCCCGCAACCUUCACCUCAGCAUCAACAAGUACUUCGGCUGCAUCCAACACUUCCUCCAGAACCACACCUACAGCCCCUGCGCAUGGGACCACGUCCGCCUCGAGGCUCACGCCUGCUUCCAGCGCAUCCACCGCCUCACCCGCACCUUGCGCUAA